CUCCGGUUCGGGUGUCAAGUCGGGCCACCCCCCGGCUCGUGUCACGUGUGCGACAGGGGCAGCCGUGGAGUGCUUUGUCGAAGACGGUGGAGAGACGAAGACUUGCUGAUGCGGGUUGUUGUUGUUGUUGAGGCGUCGCGUUGAGGGGCAUUCGGCUUUGCUGCGGACUUGUCAAGCGCUCAUCGCCAUCGGCGGCAGCGGCAGGAGGAAGGAGGAGGAGGCGAGAUGCGUGAGGCUACUCUCACAACGCGGCAGCUGCAGAACUCCGUGUCGGGGCUGGACCUGCACGUGCUGGAUUUUGCCGAGCGGCGGGAGGGCAUGCGCGGCCACGUGGAGUAUCGCGUGCUGGCCGUCACGCGCCUCGCCUGCUUCAAGGCGCCGACGCUGCACGGCCCCGCGGACAACGUGCAGUUCACGGUGCAGCGGUCGUUCAGUCAGUUCGAGGAGCUGGCGAGAGCGCUGGCGGGCCGCUUCCCGGGGUCGGCGCUGCCCCCGAUGCCGCGGCGGGCGCUGCUCGUGGGAGAGGCGGAGCUGCAGGAGCGGCGUGGCGCGUUCCACCGCCUCCUGCAGGCCGUGGCGCGCGACGCCAGUCUCGCCACGGCGCCCGAGACGCUGCACUUCCUGGACGCAAAUUCCGAGUUCGUGACGGAGCCGUGGGCCUCCGCUCCGAGGAGGCUCGAUGCCCCGGACGAGCCGAGCGAGCGAUCGUUCUUUGGGAACGACGACGCGAGGGACGACGAGGACGAGGAGGUGAAUUUUGGGCAGCGUCACACCCGAACGGCCGGGCGCGACGCGACCGCGUCCAGACCCGCGCCGGCACCCCGCAACGCGCAGCCCGCGGCCCCGAGGAGGGAUACGGGCGGAGCGCGGCGAGAAGCAAAGGCGCCCGAACCGGCGGAGGAGUCCAGCAGUGAUGAGGCCGACGACCCGCUCGGAGUGAUGAAAAAGAAGAAGGCACCGGCUCCGAGCCCGAAGCCUCCUCCGGCUCCCGCGCCCUCGCGGGCGAAGAUGAAUGCUCCUGUCCGCCACGAUCCCCUCUUCCCGACACGGGCGCCCGCCGCCGCACGGGACACCGCAGAGACGUGGCACGGUGAGGCCGCACGACUGUUCGACGCUCCGGACCUGGGCGGCGCCGUCAGGAGCGACGACCCCCUGCUGCUGCCGCCGCCGGAGCUCGUCGGCGAGCCCUCGCCGGCACCCACGUCGGGGUUCACGCAGGACGAGGAGGAGCUGCUCAACGUCGCCGAUGACCUGGAGGACAUCCUGAAGCUGAGGUCAAAACCCAAACCCAAGCCCAAGCCUAAGCCGAGGUUGCCCCCAAAACCCGGCGGGGUCAGGGGGGUCGCGACCUCGUCAUUGGCGCCCCCGAAGGAGGGAGGAACCUCCCAGGCCCUUCCCACGAAGGCGUCGAGCUCCAUGGAUGCAACGGACAUCCUGGCGUACAUCCAGGAGAACGCGGGGGACGACGAGCCGCUCUCCCUCUUCUGAGCGCGUCCGAGCAAAACCAAGAUGAUCGCGCUUAUAAUGACCGUGACGACGAUUUGUAUUUGAUGUAGAGCUCUCCUGUACGCCAGGGUGUCUCGGAGCGCCUUACAAUCUCAUCUCAACACAUUUGAAAGGGAACCCCCAGUCGAAGCUGUCCCUGUGGGCACAAGGUGACUGUGCGCCUGUCCUGCAAAUGGACAUUUGUCUGAUGGUAACGUGCGAUUGUUGCUGUAUUUAACACCAAUUGAGUAAUUUGCAGUGCAAAUUUCGAAUAUUUUGAAAAUUUUGACCCUGACACCGGCACAUGAUGGCCUUUCUUCGCUCAUGAUGUCCAGAGGUCUUUGACAUCUCCUGUGACGCGGAGUUAUUGGUAACGGUUACUACACCCGCAGCAUUAACCAGGGCGGCCACUGGAUUCGAACCCUGAACCUCUGCAGGAAUAAAGCCGCAAACGCGCGACCGCUGAGCCGUGUCGCUUGGGUCACACUUGGCCGGUCGGGCAGUAACGCACCAACCAAUAGGGGCACCAGGGUGGCGAGAUGUUAACUACCUCGCCUGGUAUCCAGCAGGUCAUGGGUUCAAUCCCGACCCUGACGCCUCUAUAUUUGGAGUUUGCAUGUUCUCUCCGUGGUCGCUUGUAUUUUUCUCCAGGUCCUCCGGUUUUUCUCUCUACAUUUAGAAUCACUCGUUUCAGAGUAUUUGGCUGCUAUAAAUAUCAACGUGAUAAGCCAUUUCGUUGAGCUAUCAUUUGUGGCAAGGUCGCUUCUGAAAAUGAGUUACAUAGCUCAGUCGGCCUUACCCGGGAAAAACUAUUUAGUUUUAACGAGAGGUGGCCCACAUCGGCCGACUUCGCUGUCGCCUUGAGCGGCCACCACAUUCAAGCGACCACGACCUCGACCCCCAACUUGGCCGACACCAGGACCGCUUGUUCCAUCGCACAACAACGGGCGGCCUCGCCUUAGGCUACCAGCGUCGUAAAUGCCUCACGACUCUGCGCCUCGCCCAUUUUUGCCUCCAGUAUCGAAUUCCCACGACGUGUGUUUGUACGCAGUCAUUCGUGACCAGGCUGAGGCCUUCAGUUUGCUAAGCGCGCGAAUCCGCUUUAUUCGCGGGUGGUUGAAACGCGGAUUCACAUGGAGGGUCACGGUGGUGCAAUCUCCGUGCUCUCACCUCUUGAGCCGUCCUGACCACUUCCGAAUGGAAUGAUUUAAGAAUCACUGCCACGCUGCUGUGAAUUAUAAGGCGGCGCACGUUAAUGUGAAUUGCAUUGCACUAAAAGAGAUUGCGCGCUAACCCAAAUAAUGAAUCAAUGUUUAUAUUACUCUUGACUUAAAGCUUUCGUGACUGCAAGAAUAUAUUGUUAUAUAUUCUCAUAUUCUUUGGCUCUUUCGGUAAAGCCACGUAGAUAGAAAAAAUUAUAAAAUCUAAAUCACGACGUUUCGAU